AUGGGGUCUAGCUUUGUCACUGCUGCACCAUCUGCAAACCACGACCGCGAUGCAGGCUUCAUGGCUGGUCUGCUUACGACAAGCAGAGCUGUCGUCCUAGUUUCGGGCUGGAUUUGCCCACAGUUCGCAUCGGCCUACGCAUUGCAUCCCUCUGCAGUUUGUUCACUUCGACCGGGCGCAGCACCGGCGUGCGUAGCGCGCGUUUCCUUGCAGAGCAGAUACGGACAGAGUUCGUUGCAAGGAUACCUCAGACGUGUGCGAUCGCAGUAUCUAGUUGUUUCUAGGCAGGAAAGCACUCAUUCUCUAUUGGACCUUGCCAUUGCAAGUGGCGUGCCUUGCAUUUGCGCUGUGAGAUCUAGCUUGUUCUCAGCAAGGCACGGUUCGAAGCACCUCCGUGAUGUGAGCUGCAUGUUUGCGCCGGUGACCACAAGCAGAGCCAUCGUCCUAGUUUCGGGCUGGAUUCGCCCACCUGUCUCCUUGGCCCAUGCAAUCCGUGCCUCUGCCCCGUCCUCACUUCGAUCUAGCACAGCACCGGUGGGGGUGCAGACACGGAGAAGGUUUGUUGCACGGACUCUUCAGAAGCGAGCGGUCGUGUCAUUUUUUCUUCAGGCAGUAAAGCAGAUGCGUUUGUUCCUGGACCUUGCCAUCCAACGCGUUGGUGUUGUGAGGUCUAGAUUUGUGGCAGCAGGGACAUCUGCAAAAACCGUUCGUGAUGCUGGCUGCAUGUCUGGGCCGUUGACCACAGGCAGAGCCAUAGUCCCAGUUUCGGGCUGGGUUCGCCCAACGAUUGCCUCGACCUGUGCAAUCCGUGCCUCUGCCCUUCUCGUGGGCGCAGCACCGGUUUGGAUUGCUUGGCAGUGCAGAUACAGAGAGAGUGCCGGAUGUGCGUGCUGGACGUGGGCUUCACCGUGCAUGACACAGCCGUCUCUGUUGGUGGGCAUGCUUCAGCCACCCUCGCCCGCGCCGCGCCUGCAACGAGGCUCGCGAAGUGCCUUCCGGCCGCACCUGGAAGCAGCAGGGGAUGUGAAGAACACGCCCUCGUAUUGGGCAACAUCCAUCUCCAAACCCAGCAGAUUCUUGACGUGUCCCUUCUUGGCACAGUCAGUCAUCGCAUUUCGGGCCACUCGUCCUGGUGCUCCCGAAUAUGUUUUGAUAGGUUUUGGUCUG